AUGGCACCAAGUGCCACAUCCUCACAUUUUGAGACGAAUGGCAGUGCUUCCGCCCCUUAUGAAAUCGACAAGGGGGCUAUGUUCAAUGGCUAUCGUAGGAAAAUCAGGGUACUCACCAUUGGUGCCGGCAUCAGCGGGAUCAUGAUGGCCUAUAACAUUCAAAAGCUAUGCGAAAACGUCGAGCAUGUAGUAUACGAGAAGAACGAAGAUAUAGGAGGCACCUGGCUUGAGAAUCGAUAUCCCAACUGUGCCUGCGAUGCCCCAAGCCAUGCGUAUAUGUAUAACUUUGCUCCAAAUCCCGAGUGGAAUAAUCUCUAUUCUUAUGCACUGGAUGUCUGGGCAUAUCUUGAUAGAGUAUGCAAGGUCUUUGGACUGCGCAAGUAUAUGACAUUCAAUACACGGGUCACAGGCGCAUACUGGGAAGAAGAUCGCGGCCAGUGGAGGGUGACUCUCUCUCAAACAGGGCCAGAUGGCACCCAGAAAGACAUUGAGGAAAGUUGCCAUGUUUUGUUGAAUGCUUCGGGAUUCCUAAACGGGUAUAAAUGGCCUGAUAUUCCGGGUAUAGAGAAGUUCAAAGGAAAGGUAACAUUUCGAAUGGCUCUUGAUGUGUCACUUCUUCGUGUUGAUAUUUGA